AUGGACAUUGGCAGAAUAGGGAACCGAAACGGGAAGGAAGGAAAAGGCAAAGACAAAGGCAAAGGAAAGGGGGACCAGGACCACAAAAAGGGCAAGGGCGACCACAACAACAAAGGCAAAGGAAAAGGGGACAAAAAGGGGAACCAGCAAGGAGGCAGAGACGGCAAAGAGAGAUGCCCCAUCUGCUGGAAAACGGGACACACCGUAAAGGAGUGCUGGUUUAACGCCAAGGGAAAAGGCAAAGGCAACAAGGGCCAGGUGGCCCAGGUGGCCGACGACGCGGCCACAACGUUGUCAACAGCCUCCUUGGCGACUGCGGGCCCCUCCGCGUCCCAAGCUGGAGGAAGCACUGGCGGCUCUGGCGGCAAAGGCCAGGUGCGCGACGACCGCAUCUUAGGUGUGCGGUUUGCCCCGCCUCACGACACCGAGCCAGAAGAAGACAAGAUCCUCAAGGUGUCGGGGAGUCUCCUUGUGGACUCCGGGGCGUGUGUGUCCGUGUGCAGGCCCGAGGCGUUUCCCGACCUGCAGCCCGCGGGCCCACCAAAAAGCCUUUACUCGGUGGACAGCAGCCUCCUGAAAACAAAGGGCCGUGUCCAGCCAAGCCUCCUCUUAGGGGAGGAGCGUCAGUCCUGCAAGGUCAACUUUGAAGUGACCGAGGACAUAGAGGACGAAAUCCUCAGCAUCAGCCGUGCUGUGGAGGCCGGUGCGGGCAUUUGGCUCCACCGAGAGGACAGCCACAUUUUGUGGCCCGACGGCGUCCGAGCCUCGAUCCUCAAGAAAGGGUCACAGUUCCUCCUACCCUACGAGCGGGAGCUCCCGCCGGGAUCAACAAACCGGGUGGCACCGGUGGAGGACGUGGCGAUGGAAGCAGCAGCCGACGAAGAGGCCGAAGCUGCUAAAGAGGAGGAGGCUGCGGGUAACCCCGCCCCUCUCGAGGAGCAGGCCGAGCAGCCUGACUCAAGGCCACGCGGCCUGAGGGCACCGCGCAACCCCACGGCGCAGGAACGCGCCGAGCACGAGCUCACUCACACGCCCUACCAGGCGUGGUGCGAGAAGUGCGUGGAGGGAAAGGCGCGCGAGGACCCACACCGCCGCCGUGAGCCCUCCGAUGAUCCGGUGACGCCGCUUGUCACCAUGGAUUAUCAGUUCUACAGCCGGGACGGGAAAGAGGUUGAAGAAGAAGCGUCGCUUGCCACGGUGCUGAACCUCACAGACAGGGCCACUGGCUGGACUCUGUCAAUUCCCGUGGCGCACAAAGGGCACAGACACGCGGCCUACGCCGCGGGGCUCGUGGAGCAGUUCGUGGACCGCCUGGGGUACGACAAGUUUACCCUACAGGCUGACCAAGAGAAUGCCAUAGCCUCUGUGGCCCGCGCGGUCCACCGCCGGCUUGGAGCUGCUAGGGAUCCGAGAAACGCACACCUAGCAGGCGAGGUUCGCACUUGGCUCUCGCAGCCAAGAGCGGACUACCCCGCCUUAGAGUGGGACACUUCGUCCAACUUGUUCCCGUGGCUUGUCAGGCACGUGGCCUGGCUGCAGGCCCGUUUCGGGACAAAGUCAACGGAUGGGGUGACGCCAUAUCGGGCAGCCACAGGCACCGACUAUGGUGGAGCACUUUGCUCCUUUGGAGAAACCGUUCUGGCGAAGCUCCCAAGGCCCGGGAACAAAGCGCAAGUGCGCUGGGUCAAAGGGGUCUGGGCCGGAAAGCUGGAGCGUGACGACACCCACGUGGUGCUGACGGAAGCAGGCGCACUCAACGUGAGAAGCGUCAGGCGACUCCCGCCUGAGACCCGGCACCAGACGGCAGCCGUCCUCAAAGCGUGCGGCCUGCCUUGGAACCCGAGAUUUGGCCGCGCAGCGCCAGCAGAGUGCAGCGAGCCGAUGAUGGUGCCAAUCCCUCUGGCCACGCCGGCAGAGGAAGUGGAGCGGCUAGAACCGCCCGGUGAGCCCUGGCUCUUCAGUGACGGGCCACGGCCCGACGACGAGGCCCUCCUGGUUGAAGGGGCCGAACAGGCCAGCAGGCAGCAGUUGCCGCAGCAAGCGUGCUACCGCAACCAGCGGCAAGCCCCGCCCGGGCCGCCAACGACGGCUCAGGCGAAGGGGGGCAGAACUGCGGGUUCCUCCGCGAGCGCAGCGGCAGCACAGCAGCCGCCUGGAGCAAAGAGUCGUGUGGAGCCUAAGAAGGCACCGCGGCUAGGAUCGCUCACGGAGCGCGAGGUGUGGCAGCACAUCGCUGCCUUAGCCGACCCGCCGCUCACCAACCACAAGGGCGAGCGGGACGCGUGGGUUGGGCAGGUGACAGACCUGCUAGACCGGAUGCUCGACCCCAAGGAGGUCGAGCAAGCAUGCAAGGAGCAGCUGAGAAAGCUGUGGGACCGAGGCGCUUUCACGCCUGUGCUGCGGUCUGAAGUACCGCGCGGGGCGCAGCUGUUCAGGGCAAAGUGGGCAGACAAGUGCGACAAAGGAAGGUACAAGUCAAGGUGUACCUGUGCCGACGUUAAAGCCCGCUACAGCCCAGAACAGGAAGCUGGCUUGGACGUUUUCGUCCCAACGCCAACGCCCGAGAGUCAUUCCCUGUUGGAGGUAGCAGCGCUACACAACGAAGGGUGGGUCACAAGGUCUCUGGAUAUUGUGGCCGCCUUCCUCAUAGGGAAGGACCGCGGUGCGGCGGAAGGCCGCCCGGUCUACACCUUGAAGCUGAAAUUGAGAUCACUUCAGUCAAUCGAUUUUCACCCGGACUUGGAAUCUUCGAGCAAGCCUGCCCAGAGCAAGCACACGUGGAGGGAGUAA